GCUUUCUUUCGAAAUAUAAGAAAGAAGAAAUGGACUUGUUACAACGUCAAAAACAAUUAGAAGAUCAACGUAAAGAUUUACAAGACCAAAUUAAAGAAUUCGAACAUCAAAAAUCGAUGGAACCCGAGCCAUUGGAUAAUAGUCAAGAAGAUCUUGACCGUAUUCAGCUUGAACAAACCAAGUUUAAGAAUAAGGUGUUUUCUCAAUUAGAAGCUAAUCAAUUCCGGUAUGAUUUAGGAUAUAAGAAUUUAUCCAAGGAAAUUUCAUCACUUAAAGCACGUAUAGAAGAUCAUGAUUAUGAUCUAAUAAAAUUCAGUGAAACAAUCCAACUUCAAUCACAGGCAAUUCUUGAUAAAAGAAGUGGAUACAGUUUCGAAGAAAUGAAAUUUUUGAAAGACUUAGAAUUACUAUUAGAUUCCUUAGAUCAGUGUCAGCGGUCAAAUGAGUAUAAUUACCAAAGCCACCUGACCCAGGCAAAAUUGCAUGAAUACAAUUUUUUUUUCCAAGAGUUUAGACAUAACUUAAAAUCAAAUACUUUUGAUCUAGAUGAAGUUUACAGUUUAACCAAUCUUCGAAGAAUCGAAAUUGUAUUUGAGAAAUUGAAAAAUAUUGUCGAUAAAAAGAUUAUAAGGAAAAGUAGUAAACUUAAAAACCUCGAUAAUGACUUAAAGAGAUUCAAAUUGAAAUGGGAAAAGGGUCAAUAUUCACUGAAGGGUUCGUCUCUCAGAAAAUCCAAUAAAUUUGCUUUCAAAAAUCUACUUCAUACCUUCCAAUCAAGAUCAAACACCCUUCAUGAAUUAUUGAGUGUGUACCAACUUUUGAUAGAUCUCAAUGAAUUGGUCAGGGAGUUAGGAAACAUACGAACUAUACUCGAAUUUGACGUUGAUAUCGAUGUGCUAGAUCAAUACGAAGAUUAUAUGAUUUCCAUUUAACUACAAAACCACUU